GAAGAGGGCGCGGUGUAUAAAAGCUGGCGCAUUCGGACCAGAUCGUCACAAACACCUUCCACCCUCCUUUCUCGUGAGCUGAGAUUGAAUAUCAACACUUUUAUUCGUCCAAUAACUCUCUACCCAAUCCAACAAUAUGGCCAUUCAUUUCAAAAUGAUGUUGUUGCUCGUCGCUCUGAUGCUGGUGGCAACGGCUGUGGCCAAAAAGAAGGGUUACUACUACCCAGUGUAUCACUACCCAGUGUAUCACUACGGAGGUUACGGUGGUCACUACGGAGGCUAUGGCGGUUACGGGGGCCACUCUAGCGGAUACGGAGGUUAUGGUCACGGCGGCAGCUACGGCGGCAGCUACGGCGGCGGCUACGGCGGAUAUUAAAUUACUGGAUUCUCACGUCCUGACGUAAUUUAACGUUUUCAUAUUUAAGUGCUUGUAUACUGCUAAAGACCACAAUACGUAAUGAAGAUUGUGAAACCAUAUUCCAUUUUUAGUAAAUAAACCCGGCCAAGUAAUAAUUGCGCCAUGCAAACGAA